UUACAUAACUUUGGGGUAUAGUGAAAUUAUUCAGUAGCACAGGACACUGUAAAUUUACGUAUGGAGAAACGAUGCAGAACGGGUCGACCCGCACCGGAAGAGGAGGACUACUCGGAAGAAGGCCAAGAGCAUUUCUUCCGGUGUGCCCGUCUCAUCUUCCCUUACUUACAACCGUCCGAUCUCGCCUCCGUUUCAUCAACCUGCAAGGCCUUCCGACGAGUCUCCGACGCCAUUACUUCCUUAAGAAUCGCCGACGCUUCUAGAAGCUUCGAGAAUUCACCCGUCCCUUUCGUCAACGCCGUCGACUCCCAACCCUACGCUUACUUCCUAUACACCCCGAAUCAAACCCUGCCGAUCGCUACCGGAGAAGCUCAGAGCUGGGGAGGUCCGGAUGAUGGUGCGGGUCGGGUUAAACCCGACCCGUUCUUGUUCCGGGUCGAGGGCGCCCGUGGGUGCGAGUGCCGCCGGAGUUGCGGCGACGGCGAGGGUUUGGGAUGCCCGUGUUGGGACUCGGGCGAGUUUCCGGGUCAGGAAUGUGGUCCGAGCUGCGGCUGCGGGCCGGAGUGCGGGAACCGGUUGACUCAGAAGGGGGUUUCGUUGGGGCUGAAAAUCGUAAAGGAUAAGAGAAAAGGUUGGAGCUUGUGCGCUGCGGAGAUGAUUCCAAAAGGGAAGUUUGUUUGCGAGUAUGCAGGUGAAGUUGUGACGACUGAAGAAGCAAGAGCUCGCCUGAAACUGUAUGACGAAGCUUCAUCCACUGGCCAUUUUUCUCAUGCUCUUCUGGUUGUGAAGGAGCAUCUUCAAUCUGGAAAUAUAUGCAUAAGGAUGAAUAUUGAUGCCACCAACAUUGGCAAUAUUGCACGCUUUAUUAACCAUUCAUGCGAUGGUGGGAACCUCUGCACAGUAAUAGUGCGGAGUUCUGGAGCCUUGUUACCCCGUGUUUGCUUUUUUGCUUCCAGAGAUGUACAAGAAGAUGAAGAGCUUAGUUUCAGUUAUGGUGAUGUUAGGCUUAAUCCAAAAGGCUCUCAAUGUUUCUGUGGCACCUCUUCAUGUUUAGGGUUCUUGCCAUCAGAACAUACAUGAAAAUACAAGGGUAGAAAUAUUAAUCAUAUUUUCAUACUUAAGUGAAUAAAUUGUUUUGACAUUUUGUAGUAUCUGCAAAUGUAGUAAGGGUCUUGAAUUACAUCUCAUAGUUGUAUGCCUGUACUAUGUAAAUGAACAAUACCAUUGUAUUUGAUUUUCAUUUUUGGCAAAUUAUGGUAUUGUAUAGAUUUUCAUGCCAA